GCUGCUGCGCUACCAACUUCAGUGCACACAGCUACCAACAACGGUUUAGGCGCAACAAAAACCAGCAUCACGAACAUACAACAACAAACUAGUCAAAACAUAAAUAAAAUGUUGCCACCUGCACAGGUGCAUUAUCAACAGCAACAGCAGCAGCAACAACAACAACAGCAAAAUGUGAUAAAGAAUGUGACAAACAAUGCAAGCAUCAAAAUAAUCCAGCAACAACAAGAACCACCACAACAACAACAGCAGCAGCAGCCACAGUCCAGUCCCCUUGGCGUAGACAACAAAAUGUGGCGCAAAGAUGCUGAGCGUGUGCCACCAUUGCCACAAGCCGUAACGACAACAACAACAGCUAUAACAACAAUUGCCGGUGAGGAUAACAAUGUGGCAACACCUACUUGGACGACGGCAAGUAGCGGCAGUGGAAUGAGUCACCAACAAACCGCCAGCCGGUAUAUAAACCGUUCGCUCUCUUCGCCAGUGAAGAAGCAGCAACCGAAUUUCAAAGAUGAUCCCACUGGAUACCUGCAACAACAGACAGCGUUGCUGCAUAGUUCAAUGAUGAAUGUCGCUAUGGGCGAAGAAGAAGAAGAAGAAGAUGAUGAUGAUGCAGAAGAAGAAGAAGAAGACUUGCUAGAGGCAGAUGCGUGUGCAGAGGAGGAGGCAGAGUUGGCAGAGGAUAUGGAUGAGCCCGAGGACACAGAUGAUUACGAAAGUGUGGCUGAAGAAGAUAAGGAGAUUAAGUUGAAACACAACUGCAAUGACGAUGGCAAUGGCAGCGUUGAUGCAACCAUGCAGUUAAACGUGCAACACAUCCAGCAGGAGGCAGCAGGCACGGUGAUUGGUGAGAAGAAACCACAGGCCACUUAUGUCAAAAAGAUUUACGUGCAGAAUGGUGUUGCGCACUAUCAGCAGCAGACACAACAGCAACAGCAGCAAGCAGUUACCCAACAGGAGACCACGUUUUAUCGACCACAACAACAACAGCAACAGCAACGUAAGGCACAACAAACGGCUACUCAGCAGCAACAAAUCAUUGUCUCGGCUAGUCAAGCGCAGUUGCAACAGCAACAGCAACAACAACAGCAACAACAGUUGCAACAAGCACAACUGCAACAGCAACAGCACCAACAGUUAAAACAAAUGCCCGUAGUUUCAAUUAACGGUCAGCUGCUAGUGCCAACUUCUAUGGCAUCGGACGGUGGGACAAAUUUCACCCUGACAUUGAAGCCACAGCAACAACAACAACAGCAGCAGCAGCAACAAAUACAGUUGAUGCAACAACAAAACAUCAUAUUCCGGCAGCAGUCAUCGCAACAGCAACAACAACAACAACAAUCGCAAAAACCGAACGUCGUGCCAAUUGCUCAAGAAUCGCCGGUCUCCUCCAGCACCGCCUUUGCACGCUCCACGCCCGAGUCACAGCGCCAUACACCGAGGCCCGAACAAGUCGGCGCUAUUUCCACUAGCAAUGAGAGCCCACUGCCAUGUCCCUCGCCAGCCGACUCGGUUGAGUCGGGAAGCUCACGCGCCUCUUCCACUAAAACAACAGCAUCGCCUUCGCCAAUGCAACAGCAGCAACAAAAACAACAACAACACAUUUCACAAGCUAGCAGCAACCAGGUGGUACAAAUGCGCGUACAGCAACAACAGCCACAACAGCAGCCUACGCCGCAGAUACGCAUAAUACGCCAGGCACCACAGCAGCAACAACAACAGCCGCAACGCAUUGCUGUUGCACGCAGCGCGCUAACAUCCAUAGCUGGCAGUCGCGCCAUCACAUCCACAACCGCCACCACUACUACCGCAACUGUGGCAGCAGCCGCGACCGUAACCGCUAGUCAGCAGCAUUUGGUGGAGGCACAAAAGUUACAAGCCGCAGUACAGAAGGCAGCGCCAAGCAACACAAUUCCGUUACAGCUGCCCAGCAGCCAGAUUAUCAUGACCUCCACCGGUCAGCUGAUUGUGAUGCCGACCAAUGGUAAGCCGACGGCACAAUUACAACAACAACAGGCGCAGGGUCAACAACAACUACUAAUUACUACAACUGCCGGUAACAAUGGUGCAACCGGUGGCGCCGGGCAAGCGCCGACAGGCAAUGUCAUCAUUCAACAUCAGCAUCACCCACAGAAUCAACUGGAGGUGCUGGGAGGUCACCAGCAGCUGACCACCGCAAAUGGUAGCAUCAUAUUACAAAACGGACAACAACACCAGCACCAAGGUGGCUACAUUGUGGGACAGGCAUCCACAGCUGGCGCCACCACCACCACCGCCCAGUUGCAGCCAGCCACCGUAAUACUCAAUUCAGCUGGUCAAAAUAUAUUGACCACAAGCAAUGGCACCAAAGUAGCGCUGGCGACAACCACCAACACCGGCAACAUUAUUCACACUGGUGGUCAACAGCUAAUUGCAGGCAAUCAACUGCUGACCACCGCACAGAAUGCCGCCACAGCGGCCACCACCGGCCUGCUGCAUGGCCAGCAAGCAGUCGUACUAAAUACGUUGCCGAAUGGUGGCUACGUCAUACAACAACAGCAGCAGCCUGCUGCACAACAACAAUUUGCCACACUGGAUGGUCAGGUGGUUAGUCAGCUUGUGCAACAGGCGGACGGCACCACAGCCUACGUGCAACAAACGCAGCAACAGCACACGCAGCAGAGUCCACAAGCGCAACAGCAAGCCCAGCAAACGCAGCGCAUCAUUAUAACUUCGCCAGAUGUGAAGAGACGCGCAAAAAAGCGUAAGAGCUCCACAGGCAGCGUCUCGCCCACAAGUACGCCCACCACUAGCCUUUCGCCACAAAUCUCCCCAACUAUACCCAAUCAAACAACUAUUAUACAACAACAAGCAGCCGCCGCCGCCGCUGCUGCAGCCGUUGCCGUGCAGCAACCGCCGCCACCACCACCACCGCCACAGCCGCAAGUCGUACAAAUCGCAUCUGCCGCACCACCACAAUACCAGCAACAAUUCCAACUUAGUCCCGGCAUACAGGGGAUUGUGGUUAACAAGGCGGCUACAGCUACAACAGCCCAGCCACAGCAAAUCAUCUUGCAGAAUGGCCAAAUCAUACAGCCAAUGAAUCUGAUUGGACAGCAGUUAAUUGUGCCCACUGGCCUGAUGAUGGCACCCGAUACCACACUGCUGCAAAUCCAGAAUGUGGGCGCUUGUGGACCAAGCAUACUCACCACCACACCGCAGGGCACCACAAUGAUGUUGCGCACACCCUCGCCCCAAAAUAAACAAUUCAUCUCGCCCACAGCCGCUGGGCAGCAAUUCAUUGUCGGCAGCAAUGGGCAAUUGAGUCCAAUUGGACAAAUUUAUUCGACACCAAUGGGUUUAGUAAUGCCGACAGCGCAACAGCAAACCGGAACUGCCACGUACGUGCAGCAGAAUGCGACCAUACAAGUGCAACAGCAUCCGCAAGCACAACAGCAUCAGCAUCAGCAACAACAGGCACAGCCGCAGGUGCAGCAACAGCACGUGUCAGCACAGCAGCAACAACAUCAUCAGCAUCAUCAUGUGGCAAUUCAACCGGCCACCACCCCAAUGCAACAACAACAGCAGCAGCAGCACCACCAACAACAGCAGCAUCAGCACGUAACUAUGCUGAGCUCGGAGCAAAUUGUUAUGGAAUCGGCAACAUCAUCAUCUUCAGCCACCACGUCGACAUCGUUGACAUCGUUAAGCCGCGGCGGUCAGCGUUCUGCUGCAGCUAGUCCACCGGACACCACUACGCACAGCCCGCGCAGCCCAGAGCGGCCACCAAGUCAUCGCAGUGGAGGCAGUGAUAUGGUGCAAUGCGUGUCUAGCUCGGAGCCGGAUGGUGCCGCUUCGCCGCAGAGUGCGGAUAGUCGUCAGUCGCCAUCAACCACAGAUGCUGAGAAAGGACUCGUCAUGUCAAGCGCAUAUCAAACCACAAAUAUUUACAAACCAUCGGAAGCGAAGAUACGACGCGUACAAACACCACCACAAAGCGUUGGCGGUGGAGUGGGUGGUAUGAGUGCAGGAAGCGUAGGCGGAGGUGGAGGAGGGGGAGUGGGUUUCACAAUCACCUCAGCCGCCACAUCUACAGCAUUGGCCACCACACUCCAACUUCAGCAGCAACAACAACAUCAUCAUCAACAGCAGCAGCAUCAGCAGCACCACCACCAACAGCAACUACAUCAACGUCAGCAGCAGCAGCAACAACAUCAUUCGCUACACCAGGACAUUGUUAUGAAGCCCGAUUCGCAUGGAGCCGAAAAUUAAAUUCACAGCUUGAACGUGCCAUUCAAGAAGCAAUGACCGAAUUGGAUCGUAUUUCAGCUACUUCAACAACAACAAUUGUGCAUGCAGCAGCAGCCAAGCAAUUGCAACAGGCCACG